UACAGAUGGCUUUCUUUUUGGCGAAAAAUAAUCUUUCCUUUCCUUUGGCGGAAGAUCUCAGCAGUAUCAUACAAUCUGUUGCUAGCGAUCCCAAAGUCGUACAUUCACUAAAAUUUGGACGGACAAAGGCUCAAGCUAUAAUAACAUCGGUAACUGGACAAGUGGCAGAGGACGACUUAAUAGAACGGUUAAAAUCGAAUAAGUUUUCGCUUAUUGUCGAUGAAAGUACAGACAGAUCUACAACGAAACAUCUCGCCCAUAUUGCAAGAACUGCAGUGGCAUUUAAAGUACAAGAUACUUUUUUGGGGCUUAUUGCAAUCACUGACAGCUCUGCCACGGCAUUGCAUAAUGAAUGCAAAAAAUUUUUUCAAGAAAGGGACAUACCAUAUGAGCAGAACAUGAUAGGAUUUGCUGCAGAUGGAUGCAAUGCAAUGUUUGGCCAAAACCACUCUCUUUCGCAACUGCUGAAGAAGGAUAUUCCGAAUUUGUUUUUAAUGAAAUGUAUAUGUCACUCAUUUUACCUCUGCGCGUCUUAUGCUUGCAAAAAAUUGCCAAAAAAAGUGGAAGGAUUUGCAAGAGAUGUCUAUAACUUUAUAUCAAAAAGCCCAAAACGUAUCGGAGAGUAUAAGGAGUUUCAGUCUUUCGUUAAUGUGAAACCACACAAACUUUUACAUAUCGGACAAACAAGGUGGCUAUCUCUGCUUCAAGUAGUUGAAAGGCUGUUAGAACAACUUCCUGCGUUAAAACUUUACUUUCAAGGAGCUGCAUUGAAUGAGCAGUUAAAAUUUGCAGAGCCGAUUCUCCAAAUGUGCUUAGAUUCGACGAAAGAACUGUAUUUGUGCUGCCAUAUUUCAACAAUUUAAACAAGGAAAUGCAGUCAGAAAGUCCAAAAUUGUAUUUGUUGUACGAAAAUCUUCUUACAGUUUACAAGACAAUAGUUGAGUGCUUUCUAAAAUCGGAGUUUUUAUUAUUACCUGAUGAAGAAUUACUAAAGAUUGAUUUCGUUAACGAUGAGAACCACUUGCCCUUAAAAGAUAUGUAUUUCGGAGGAAACUUUGCGGCUUUGUUGACAAAAAAAAAACAUAAUAUGGAACGAGAUAAAAUCAUCGAGACUCAAAACUCCUGCCUUCAAUUUUAUAUUGAAAGUUUAAGGCAACUACAAAAUCGGUUUUCCUUUGAGGAUGAGGAGCUGCAGAAAAUGAAAAGUUUACACUUCUUAAAUCCAGCGACAAUACUAAACAAUAGUUUGAAAGCAAGGCUACCAGGAUUGUGUUCACAAGAUAUGACGGAGCUAGACCGCUAAUGGCGACUUCGCCGGAACAUGAAUUUUCCCUUCAAAGAGGAGGAAGCGGUACCGCCAGACGUCUUUUGGCGUUAUGUUUCAAACGUAAAAAACGGAAAUUCAACCCACAUGUUUCCCUUCUUGACGGAGUUAACCCAAAAUUUGCUUGUUUUGCCACAUAGCAGUGCUAAUGUUGAGCGUUUAUUUUCAGAAAUUAAUUUAAUUAAGACAAAUAACAGAAGUAAAUUAGACACGGACUCUUUAAAAGGAUUGCAUCACACCAAAAGUGGAUUAAAGGAAAACUUAGAGCCUUCUG